GUUAGUGAGGCAGAGGAGGAGGGUGAGGUUGUUGCUGCGGCCUCCAGUGAGAGUGAUGCUGAUGGCGCUCCGCAGCCACGCACCACUACGAAGACAGGCAGAAAUGUAAAAUUUAGUCACGCAGAAAAUGUGGCAUUGGUGAAUGAGUUAAUGCGUCAUCAUCGGCACCUGUUUGGCCCUCAGGCCUCCAAGGUGACAUCUCGCAGAAAGGCUGUGCUGUGGGGUCAAGUAAUUUCGUCAGUGAACUGCGAGGGUGUGGUGAGGCGGACUGAGGACACUUGCCGAAAGCGAUUUUAUGACAUAAAGCGCAGGGUAAAGGCAAAGAUGGCCAAGGAGGCAAAGUCAGCCCGACAAACUGGGGGUGGCCAUCCUUUCAUUGCCACAUAUGCUGAGUGGGAGGAGCCAGUGCGUCGCAUUAUUCCACACGAAGUUGUCCGUGCCACUCAUGUCAGAGAUUCUGAUCGGCCCAGGCAGGAUGUGUCACAAAGAAGAGCAGCCCGUAGUAGCAGGACAAAUGUUGCACAGGAGGAUGCUGCUGCUACUACAGUCCCAUCCAGGCCACACCUUAGUCCGCAAAUGCGCACAGGACAACCAACAUCCAGCCGCAAACACGUGGCAUUGAAAAGACCACGGCCAGAUCUCCCGAGGGCCACAUCUGCAUCUCCCCCUCACAGACGCAUCUCUACUGUGUCCUCAAGGCCACCAUCACAAUUACUGGCACCUUCCCCAACACGGGAAGCAGAAUCCCCUCAUCUGGCUGAUGAUGACAGCAUGCCCACGGACCGGAAGACACUGCAAACUGAUGCCACGUUUGUUCUGGAUCUCCGCCCAUUACAGACAACGCAACCUAGCACGGUACCUGUGGCCCCGCCUCCACAACAAACAAGUCCGCAACCAAUAAUGAGCCCAAGUACACCACUGGCUCAAACUGAAGAGCAGACAUUUUGGGCCAACUGGGCAAACCACCAGAGGCUCAAUUCAGAGUGUCUCCAAAGACAAAAUAAGCUGCUGGCAAGUCUGCCACAUUACAUGCCACGCAUAAGUCGAAAUCUCAGCAGAGAACAUUUGGAAACCAGUCGUGUGGCGACUUGUCUGGAGCAAAUGCGGGCAGAAAACAGCACCAUGAUGACCACUUUACAGCGAAUUCUGGAUGAACAAAUGAGGCAACACCAAAACUACCUGCAUCUCCUUGAAAGGAACAAUACAGAAAGUCUGGGUAGAAUUAUAGACAAUAACACGGCCUCCAAUAACCAAUUAAAUGCUACACUCACUAACUUAAGCCACAACAUAAGUGCUUUACACUCCCAACAAGCGAGCACUAGCUCAGGAACUACAACUCCAAUAAAUACCCCAGUGACCUCCCCAAUAAGGAGGUCAAGCAGAUCAAGAGCUCAUGUCCCUGGCCCCACCUCUGAAGCCUCCAAGGCUACACGAAAAAAAUAAAGCCAGCCUCUGCAGAUGGCAGAUGCAUAAGUGGGGAUAACAAUGUCUGUUGACGUUUGCAA